CGAGACCUCUUGGUUCAGACAGUGCCACAAGAUCGCGUCUUUCAACGCGCUGCUGCCUGAUAGGAGCAGGAGGCACGCCACAUGGUCUCGGUGGUUGUCAUUACGAAACCGAAACUUAAAACUCGGUUCAGCUUGGUUUAUACCGAAGGUGAGCGAGUCGACCAAGAUGGUAGAAACAUAAAGAAGAAGGCUAAGAGCUGUGUGAUAACCCUACAGAGAUCAUGGCCUCCUUUGGUGCGUGCUUACUGUCCCUGACCCUUAUCUGCGCUAUCAUUGCUGGAACCUCCGAAUUUGUGCAACUGAAGUGUAAUGAUAACAACAAUGGACGGUUCGGCCAACAGUCAUUAUUGGAGUGCAUUCUGAUUCUUUCAGAAGAGGCAACAGAUGUACAGAUAAAUAGGAUUAUUUGGAAGAAAAAUGGAGCCGAGACUGCUUUAAGAUUAGAUUAUAAAAGAGGUUCUACCCUUAAAUCUGAACCACGCUUUACAUUGGCUCAGCGAUAUAACAUCCACUUUGAUGUCUCGAUGCUGGUGACCAACACCCUGAUGGCAGAUCGUGGGAACUACACGUGCAUAGUGGAGACCAAUAGAGGCUUUUGUAAGAGCUCAGCCCCCCGCCUCCGCCUCUCAGUCCCAUAUAGCACUCCAAAGAUCAACCGCAGUAGGAACCCUAACCAGAACGUCGCCAUGACCCUUUCCUGCACCGCUACUGGCGGUUAUCCAGAAGGGAAAAUCCUUUGGUUUGACGAAUAUGGAACGGAUUGGUCCCCCAGCUCCCAACAGGAAGCUAUCAAGACCACAGAUGGACGUUUGAACCUCGUCAGCAAGCUGGACCUGCUUUCAGGCUCUUCAUUCUCCACGUACACAUGUGCAGUCCACAAUAACAGAGGAGAACGGGAAGGAGAGACCCAGUAUAACGUUUCGGAUCUAGACCCUCAGUCAGUCCGGCAUGAAGGAAAAACACAAAAGUCAGAUUUGGCAUCCAAAAUCGUCAUCCCUGUGGUCAUCAUUGGAUCUGUGAUCAUUGGGCUGCUGAUAGUCCGUCUUCUAAAACCACACUGUCAAAGUUCCCAUCAAGCACUCCCAACAAACAACGAUUGUGGUUAUGAAGAUGAACUUCAAACCAAAACCAAGCCUGAGGGAGAAUACAGCAGCUGUGUAACACCCCAACCCUCAAAUACGACUCUCAGCUGUAUCUUCCACUGAAGUCUAAGGACUCUUUACAACCUCUCCUGGACUUCCUGGAGGAUAUUAAAGGCUGGAUGGCAACUAACUUCCUUCAGUUAAACAGCAAUAAGACAGAAGUCAUGAUCUUUGGCCCUCCCAAAUCAAAACAAACUUGUGUCAGCAACCUAGAUCACCUUGAACCUUUUGUCAAGUCCCAUGCUAGAAACCUUGGUGUCAUCCUUGAUUCAGAGCUUUGUCUUGACAAGCAAAUUUGUGCUGCUGUCAAAAACAGUUUUUACCAGUUACGCGUAAUUGCCAAAAUCAAACCUUUCCUGUCUCCUAAAGACCUUGAAAAAAUCAUCCAUGCCUUCAUUACAUCACGGCUGGACUAUUGUAAUUCCUUAUACAUAGGCCUACCCAGUCCCUACUAAACCGCCUUCAGAUGGCCCAAAAUGCAGCUGCAAGACUGCUGACAGGCACUAAAAAACAUGACCACAUCACACCAGUUCUUGCCUCCUUGCAUUGGCUUCCUGUUCAUUUUAGAAUUCAGUGGCACAGGAGGGGAAGCACACAAAAAUCAAUAAUAUAACCAAUUUAUAAUGUAUCAUUAAACACACACAUUAAGUGUAAAGACAAAAGGUUGCUUUUUGCGUUCAAUUUUUUAUAGGAUAGGAGAUCCUAGAAUCCUCAGAUAGUUUACUAUCUGAGGAUCCUAUCCUCUUGAGGCCCUCCUGACAUCACACGUUCAUAUUAACGGGCUUGUCACAUGAGAAUAACAUCAUCCAGACUGCUGAAAUGUGUACACCUGAUUUACUUAUUGUUGAUGAAUGAUUCCAACUGAUGCACGCUCUUUGCUACAUUUCAAUACAGAUUUGAUAAAUAAGUACAGCACGCAAAUCACAUGGAAUUAUAAUUUCACUAAUCUCAAUGUGAAACUAAGACAGUCAUUAUGUUGGUAGGUUGAUAUAUAUAUAUUUUUUUAACGGAUUGCUUUUUCUUUCAGUUUGUGUUGUUAGUUUUGGUUUACUAUAAUCACACCGGUUGUGACUACUUUAUGGCAUGGGCCCAACUCUCUCCACAGCUCUCUGCAUGAUAAUUGAACACUUGUCGUUCGGUGAUCAACGAUUCAGCACAAAAAGAUUAUUAUUUUUUUAAAACUUUUUUGGGGGAUAGUGCGCAGGAGGUGUGCAUUUAGUCAUUUUUAUCAAUGUCAUCAACUGGUCUCAUGUUAAAAGCAUUAUUUGGUGCUAAUAAGUUGAAUAAAGACUUUCAAAAAACAGAUAUCACAAAUAAAUUUGCCACAAAUGCUACAGGCCAGUAGUUUUUAAUGGUGUGCCUUCGAGGCCAUGCCAUUUUGUGGGCUUGAAGACAUGAUCCUAUCCUUGUGAGACCAUCCUGAGGUCACAAGUUCAUAUUAACGGGCUGGUCAGAUGAGAAUAACAUCAUCCAGACAUACCUACUGUGUACACCUGAUUUACUUAUUGUUUAUGAAUGAUUUCACGUGAUGCACGCUCUUUGCUACAUUUCAAUAAAUAUUAGAUAAACAGUA